GGCCUUGUGGUUAGCAGCCCAACUCACAACCACUACUCCACCAGGGCUCCUACUAUCCCCAUUAUACAGAUCAAAACCGGGUCUGCGAGAUGGUCUGAAGUCACACAACGAGGAAAUGCAGAACCAUUGACUCAGAUCCACCAGAUUCUAUCAGCCCACGGCCUGAACCACCAUCAACACUAACUCCGCUGCUACACAGUGAGAGCAAUCAGACGAAAAUGUCAGUAGAGAGGAGUUCUGCGGGUUUCCUUGCUUUCACACAGGAAAUGAAUGGUCCGCAGGCAGGGAACUGUCUGGGGCAAGACGUUCCAGAGGACCCAGGUGGUGUCUGCUCCCUACACAGCGCCUGGCACAGUGCCUGGCCCAUACGAGCCUCUCCACAGAUAUGUGGGGGACGUGUAGCCCCUGGGAGGCUAUGGGGGGUGGACGGUGGACAUAGACCAAGCCGUAUGUUUCAACACAGGCAUCAUCGCAGUGAACUGCUCAGAGCCCUGCCCCAGACAGAUGGCCCCGGUGACAUGGCGCUGCCCCAGGCCGCUGCAGCCUCACCGCAGCUGAAGUUGCUCUGUGGAGCCGACAUCCUGAAGACUUUCCAGACCCCGGGCCUCUGGAGAGACUCACACAUCCAGGAAAUCGUGGAGAAGUUCGGCCUGGUAUGUGUGCACCGGGCAGGCCAUGACGCCAAGGCGUACAUCUUGGCAUCGCCCAUCCUACGGAGGUACCAGGAGCACAUACACCUGGCCCGAGAGCCGGUACAGAAUGACAUCAGCUCCACCUACAUCAGGCACGCCCUGCGCCUCGGGCGGAGCGUGAAGUACCUGCUCCCGGACGCCGUCCUCACCUACAUCCAGGACCACGCUCUAUACACUGGGGAUAGCCCCGCCAGGAACAAGGAAAAGACAAGCCGAGUCGGCGAGACAGCCGGCUGCCCCUCCUCCUCCUAGCUUCCCGUGAGGGGAAGGCCGCUGCAGUUUUGUCUCAUCUUUCUUCUUCUUUUUACAUUUCUGGUCUUUCUGCUAUGCUUUACUUCUGGGGAGUUUUCCAGCCCCAUGAGCAAGCCCUCCUCUGAGAACCGCCUGCCUGCAUCUCAACCCCAGGCUUCUCUCUGGAAGAUGGUGGGUGGCCAGCCAGCAGGAGGGUGCUAUUUCUCAGAAGCCCUGAAAGCAGGGCUUGCCUGUUUACUUCAUGCAAAUGGUUCACUGUGAGCCCCAGUGAGCUCAUUAGAAGGGGGAUCCUGGAUGCACAGAGGGGCACAUCACAGCUGCCCACCGCACCCUGCCCCGCCCUAGCAUUCUUUGUCUAGUGUCCAGCUGGCCUGCUGGGAGUGAUCUGAAGAUGCUCAUUUUACCCACCAGCCACUGCUGCCCCCACCCCACCCUAGCAGAAUGUUAGCAGGGAAGUCAAAGCCAGAAAGUAGCUCUUGGCUGACUUGCACCGAGUCUUCCCAUCAGAACCGUUGUCUGCCUGCUCCCGGCCACUGAGAACACUUACAACACUUACGCAGACUCUGAGGAGGGCCUCAGACAAUGGUUUGAUCCACCGCUGCCUUGUAAACACCAGCACUUCUAAAAGGAGCGGAGGCAAAGCAGACGCCUUGGCUGUUUCAGAGCAUCGUUGUGAAUGUUUCAUGGCCGCCUGCCUACAUGAAUAUUGGCACAGAGCUAAAUAAUAAAUUGACAUCAAAAAGUA